GCGGGCCCCACCGGCCGGGCGGUUGGGCCGUGAAGGGAGAGUCUUUUCGGCGCUGAGGACGGGCGCUGAGGAGGCGGCGGUGGCUCCUGGGGCGUUUGAGCGGGCUCACUCGAGCCCGCGGGCCGACGCGGACGCAGGCCCAGCCGGCGGAAACGCCCCGGACUCCCCGCGGGCCUUCCUAGCCGCCAUGGAGGACGGUGUCUACGAGCCCCCAGACUUGACUCCAGAGGAGCGCAUGGAGCUGGAGAACAUCCGUCGGCGAAAGCAGGAGCUGCUGGUGGAGAUCCAGCGCCUCCGGGAAGAGCUAAGUGAAGCUAUGAGCGAAGUGGAGGGUCUGGAGGCCAAUGAGGGCAGUAAGACCUUGCAGCGGAACCGGAAGAUGGCAAUGGGCCGGAAGAAAUUCAACAUGGACCCCAAAAAGGGGAUCCAAUUCUUGGUGGAGCAUGAACUUCUACAGAACACACCUGAGGAAAUUGCCCGCUUCCUGUACAAGGGCGAGGGGCUGAACAAGACAGCCAUUGGGGACUACCUAGGGGAAAGGGAAGAGCUGAACCUGUCUGUGCUCCAUGCUUUUGUGGAUCUACAUGAGUUCACCGACCUCAAUCUGGUUCAGGCCCUCCGGCAAUUCCUGUGGAGCUUUCGCCUCCCUGGAGAGGCUCAGAAAAUUGACCGAAUGAUGGAGGCCUUUGCCCAGAGAUAUUGCUUAUGUAAUCCCGGGGUCUUCCAGUCCACAGACACCUGCUACGUGUUGUCCUUCGCUGUGAUCAUGCUGAACACCAGCCUUCACAAUCCCAAUGUCAGGGACAAGCCGGGCCUGGAGCGCUUUGUGGCCAUGAACCGAGGCAUCAAUGAGGGUGGGGACCUGCCUGAGGACCUUCUCAGGAACCUCUAUGACAGCAUCCGAAACGAGCCCUUCAAAAUCCCUGAGGAUGAUGGGAAUGAUCUCACCCACACCUUCUUCAACCCAGACCGAGAGGGCUGGCUCCUAAAGCUGGGAGGGGGCCGGGUGAAGACUUGGAAGCGUCGCUGGUUCAUCCUCACAGACAACUGCCUCUACUACUUUGAGUACACUACGGACAAGGAGCCCAGAGGGAUCAUCCCCCUAGAGAACCUGAGCAUUCGUGAGGUGGAUGAUCCUCGGAAGCCGAACUGCUUUGAGCUUUACAUUCCCAACAAUAAGGGACAGCUCAUCAAAGCCUGCAAAACGGAGGCUGAUGGUCGGGUAGUAGAGGGGAACCACAUGGUGUACCGAAUCUCAGCACCCACACAGGAGGAGAAAGACGAGUGGAUCAAGUCCAUCCAGGCUGCUGUAAGCGUGGACCCCUUCUACGAGAUGUUGGCAGCAAGAAAGAAGCGGAUUUCUGUGAAGAAGAAGCAAGAACAACCCUGACCCUGUCCCCAACUCCAUUAUUUAUUUUGGAGCUGCCCCGCCUGGGUGGCAGGACCCCUGGGCCCUGGGGCUGUGGAUCCUGGUUCCCUGUUUGGAAAAUCACCACCUCUAGCUCCUGACUCCUUAUUUGUAAUUAACAUGUUGGUAAUCUUAUUAAUUAUUUAACCCCUCGCGCCUGCAGAUGCCCUCAUUUCUUGGGUUUGGGAGAGCUGAGAACCCAUCCUCCUGACAUUAACCAGGACACUGGGCUUCAUACAGCAUGGAAGGCAGGCACAUCCCAGACGGUGACUCCAGCCCUGGGGGUGCCGAGUGGAGGGAGAAUCUAAUGUCUUAGUGUGGUUUUAGACUCGGCCUACUCUCCAUGUGCUCUACCCCACUGGCCUGGCCGCUAUGUUCAUGUUGGACCUGUGGUCCUUGGGGGACUUAGUCCAGGAGACUAAGACUAGAACAACAGGAGGCUCAGGAGGAGCGAGUCCCAAGAAAACCUGUGUCAGUCCCUAGGAACUGGCUGUGCUGGCCACUGAGUACCCCAUGGUGGCCUGGAGGGGCAAGUGGUGUGUGUCAUGAGGUACGCGGGAUGCCAUUGUGACAGUGGCUUCUGACCCCACGUCCAGCCACUUGUGGAGGUGUUUGUUUUUAACUGAAAGGCCUGGGCAUGUGUCUCCUGACUCGUGGGAGGGGAUCUCAGUGAAGGGAUACUGCUGAGUCCCCAAGUGGUCCUGUCCUCUUGUGCUUCUGGUGGAGGAGAGGAUAAAGGACCAAAUGCCUGCUGCCCACCUCUAGUGGCAGGAAGCUUUUUGUUACUGUUAAGAGUCAAGCCUUGCCACCUCCUUCCAGUGCCAGCAUGCUAGACUGCUAGCUGCCCUGCCAGACAGGAAGUAGUAGUUGUAAAGGAAUUUGCCUCUUCCCAGCAUGCUUUAGCAUGCAGGCCUGACUGGGAAGAAAGGAUUCUGCCCCAGGGCCUUCUGGGACUUGAGAGUCAGAAGGUGUGUGUGGAUCUGCAACCCUGUGGGUGUAUGCCCCAACAGCACUGAUCUGGAUAAAUGUGAGCAUCCAGGUUCUAAUUUAGGUGGGCUUUGGCUCAGACUACUGUCAAUAGGCUGUAGUCUCCGGGGUAUCAGCUUUUCUGAAGCUUACCUUGACAUUGGGAAAGGAGCAUGAAUUACCUCUCCCCCUCCCUCCAGGGGCUGGUGUGAAAUGGAGAUUCCCAAAUAAAACAACUAAAGUGUCACCCAAAGGGCCAGGAAA